CUUCUUUCUCUCUAUAAAUUACACAAAGUCAACACAAACUUUUUCUAGAGCUUAUAGACAAUUAGUAAUGGCCGUCGAAGCUAUAUCCAGCUCCUCCACCGACCUCUUCAAUUUUAUCAUCUAUGACACCAUUUCUGCCGCCCCUUUUUCCUCCACCACCGCCUUCUCCGACAAAGAACCACCGCUUAUGCCGCCACACCUACCUCUUCAUCAGCCGCCUUCUUCAUCGGAUGUGCAGCAGGGGCGGAAGAAGAGGGUCAGGAGGAAGCCCAAGGUUUGUAAGAAUAAAGAAGAAGCAGAGACACAGAGAAUGACUCACAUUACUGUCGAAAGGAACCGCCGCAAACUUAUGAACGACCACCUCUGUCUCUUGCGCUCCCUCAUGCCCGAAUCCUAUGUCCAAAAGGGUGACCAAGCUUCUAUAGUAGGCGGGGCUAUUGAAUAUGUUAAGGAAUUAGAGCACCAUCUCCAGGCACUUGAAGCUCAAAAGCUUAUUUUUCUGAGAAAACUUAACCAACCGACAUAUCCUCUGCUCUCGAUCGGCGAAGGCACCAACAAUGUCAUAAAGGAGGAUUUAGAAAUUGAUCAGCUCAAACAACAACCUUUUGCACAAUUUUUCGAAUGCCCUCAAUACAAACAAUCACAAAUUGACAAGUUUUCAUCUAAGUGCAAGGCAUCGGUGGCAGACAUCGAAGUCACUUUGAUUCAAACACAUGCAAAUCUCCGUAUCCUCGCCAAAAAAUGCCAUAGAAUUCAGCUUUCUAAGAUGGUUUCCAGCUUUCAAGCACUUAACCUUGCUAUCCUUCAUCUAAAUCUAACCACAUUUGAAUCUUUGGUUCUUUACUCCAUCAGUGUUAAGGUGGAAGAAGGAUGUCAUUUCACAUCAGCAGAUGACAUAGCCGAUGCAGUUCACAGCAUGCUCAGAAUGUUCGAAAUCGAAACUAUUUAAUUAAUCUCGUAUCUAGUUUACAGUUUACAGUUGGUUAUCCACUUUGUUAGUUUGUAAUUACUAUUAAGAUAUUAUCCAUAUUUUCUU